GCUGCCUUCCUCGCACCCAUCCUCCUCCUCCUCUUUGGGCUGGGCCCCUACCUUGCUGAUGCCCGAAGCACCCCAGAGGUGGAGUGUGUCGUCUUCAACGAGGAGCACAUGAGCUGCAUGUGGGGGAGCAGAGAGACGCUCACAGCCAACUACUCCCUCUACUACUGGUACGAGAACAGGUCCCCCGUGGUGGAGUGCAAGCACUACCUGCAGGACAAGGGUGUCAACGUCGGCUGCCGCUUCAGCCAGAGAGAGAUCAUCCAGUUCCAGCCUUUCUACGUCCUCGUCAAUGCCAGCCUUGGUGGCAGGACCCUGGAGAUCCCCAGCAAGCGCAUGGAGUUGCAGGACCUGGUGAAACCAGAUGCACCCGUCAACCUGACCAUCCACAACAUGAGCGGCAACCAGCUGCAGCUGACCUGGACUUCCCCAUACCCCAAAGCCCAGUGCUUGGAGCACGCUGUCAAAUACAAGAGCAACAAGGACACCAGCUGGACGGAGCACCUAGUGAAAGGAGACGUCUUCUCCUUCCCCAGCGUGGACUAUGAGAAGUACUACACCUUCUACGUGCGCAGCAAGAUCAACAGCUACUGCGGCAGCACCCAGCUCUGGAGCGAGUGGAGCGUCCCCGUGGUCUGGGGCAACAACUAUACCAGCAAGGGCACGGCAGAGGAGCAGCUGCACUGGUUCUGGAUCCACACAGUCUUGAUCCCCAUUGCCUCCUGCCUGCUCUUGCUGGUCCUUGUUGUCCUGCUGGUGCGCAUGGAAAGGGUGUGGGUCAUCCUUAUGCCCCAAAUCCCCAACCCCAGCAAGAACUUCGAUGAGCUCUUCAUCACCCACAACGGCAACUUCCAGGAAUGGGCUGGAGUCCCCAAAGACGUCGUGGAGAGCUUCAAGCCCAACUACAGUGAGAACAUCUGCCACGUGAGUGAGCUGCCCGCCAAGGACAGCUAUGAGCCCCUCUGGGAAAGUAGCAACCACCAGCCGUCUGUGACGCCCGGGGCCCCAGCCACCCCUCGUGAGCACAGCCCCUACAAGAACAGCUACGUGAGAGUGUGAUGCAUUCCCGCACCCCUGCGCCCUGCACUCUCCGCACCCCCGCUGCACAAAACCUCACCGCCCCAGGGACCUUGCUCUCCACUCCCACCCUGCUUUCACCAAAUGCCUGGGACCCCCAGCCCUGCUCCCUGCCAUGGCCACGCUCAGCCCCCUGUGACACAGCGGCUGUACUGCACUGCAGGGUGCUAGGUGAGCGUGGUGCACUGGGUGCGCUGGGUGGUGCACUGGGUGCGCUGGGUGGUGCACUGGGUGCACUGCACAGCACCCUGGGUGCACUACUUGUUGCAUGCGUGUGAUGCAUCAGGUGCACUGGGUGCUGCUCUGGGUGCCAGCACCUGCCCUGCCCUUUGGGCAUCCAGGAGGGCAGAGUGACAUCCCACCACGGCUCUGCCAUGUGCAGGGGACCCCUUGCAGGGUUGCCACAGUGCAGCAGAGCCAUGGGAGGGCUGAUGGGCCCCCGCGCUGGGCAUGUUGGAGCUGCUGGGGGCUUGGAUCCUCUCUCCCUGCUCCAAGGUGCCGGCAAUCACACCCAGGGACGUGUCCCAGCGAGGGGGUAACCCAGGGGCCCAACCCUAGGUGAUGCCAAGUCCUGCUGUGGCCAAGCAGGCAGGAGCCGCUGGCCGACUGACAGGGACAUCAGGGCUGAGAAGUGCCAAGGGCCUGAGGGGCCAAGCCACUGUGUCACCCGUGGCCUUGAGGGCUGCUGCCCCCAGGGCACCGGGCAAGCCCAGCUGUCCCCCUGGGACCGCACUGCUCUUUCACCUGUGCUU